UUUAUGUAGGUCUAGAGGUGUACAACAGGUAAACUGAUGUUUUUUAUUCAAUAGCGUUCGGGGAUUUUGAUCUUGUCUGUUGUUAAUAUUAUUAUUGUGAAAAAUAGUUUGUUGUCACUUGAUCGUAAGAGUAUAGUACAGUGUAUCUGUUUGUGAUUUGUUUAAUGUAGACAAGAAAUUGAAUGAGAAUAUCGGUUGCGUCAUGAAACUGUGAGAAAAAAAGAAAAGAAUAUCAAAUCUUAAGCCUUCCCCUCAUAAUAAGGUGUGCCCGGAUGCGAAUUCCGCUCCCAUUAAAAAUAUUUCAGUUAUCGCAAUAAUGCCUAAAAAGAUAAUGAAUCAAAAAAUGACAAGUAAAUGCACUUGCUGCCCCUAUGGAUUCCACAUUGAUCUUGACUUUGUCCGAUUUUGCGAUACACUUUACAAUACUGCCCAGCUCGACAAAUUACGACAGCAAAGACGAGAACGAAGAAAAGAAAAGAAAUCUGUGGAAUCCUAUUUGGGAAUAGGGAAUUUAGCUUUUCACACUAAAGAAAACAAUCAAAUUCUUAAUAAAACUGCUACACUACCUAACGACUUUUACUUGCACAGUGAUGGCCUGAAAGAUGCUGUGAUAGACUUUGAAGACACUUGGCAAAGAAGUCUUAAAAAAAGUAGCAGUAGCAAUGACAUACCAAAAAAGCAAAAUGGCUAUCAUUCUUUUUAUACAUCUAGUGUUAAUAACAAAAAAGAACAAUUAUUUAAUUUAGUAUCUUCUAAGUCACAUAGCAGCUCUACAAGUUCUGUUUCUUCACAAUCCACAACUGUUUCCAACUUUAUAUCAACUGAUGCUACAAAUUCUGAGCUUAUAUCCCAUGAAAAUAUUACUUCAGACAAUGUCUCUAAAUCAAACAAGAGUCUUGGAUCAUCUGUUAAGAAAUCUGUUCUUACGAAUAUUAGACAUCAAAUGGCAUCUAGUUUACAACGGCUGAAAGAACUUGAAGAACAAGUGAAAUGCAUUCCUAUUUUAGAGGUUAAAUUAUCUGCUUUGAAAGAAGAGAAAAAGUCUUUACUGAAUCAACUUAAAUUUAAUCAAAGUGAAAGACAAACAGAAUUGCAAAAAGAAACACUAUUAGAAAAUCAAAGAAUCAAUGAAAUAUGUUUAUCAGUUAUACAAAAGGAAAAUCAUUUAUCUUCUCCAGGAAUGGCAUCUUGCUUAGAUGCUGUCAUUUCUAAAAAAUGUUUUGUAGAAAAAGAAAACUCUAAAAGUGUUGGGAUAUCGUGUACUGUUCUUACCCGUGACAUUGGUGUUGGGUACAUCCCAAGCAAACUUAAAUCUGUUGCUGUAGGAUGUGAUAAUUUAACUGAUAAUAAGUGCUCUUCUAAGAAAAGUAAAAUUUAUGAACCUUAUGUGAACUUGUCAUCAGAAUCUCUUGAGAGUGAUCUUGAAUCAUUUAGAGGCUCAAAUGAGCAAAUUCAUCCUCAUAUACCACUUAAAUCUACCUCUUCUAAGUGUUCUACUGAUAAAAUUAAUGUGCCUAAAACUUACAUUGAUUCUUUCACUAGUAUGGAUAUUAGAUAUGUUGAUAAAUCUGUAAAUACUGAAUCAAUAAACAAUACAACAAAAAGUACACCAGUAACUACUUCUAAGUUUGUACAAACAUCUGAAUUGAAAGUAUUUCGAAAUACUAGCUCUCAAACAAUGACAGACAAAAACACAAUAAAAAAACUUUGUUGUGAUAAAGCUGUUGGCAAUGCUAACAUAAAUGACACGAUUUGUUCACAAUGUAAGAAGACAAACUCUAUAGCUAUUGGAGAUGAAAAAUUAACCAGCUGUGAUUCCCCUUCUGUUGCUGCUUUGCAUGUUCGAACUGUUGCUGUUGGUGAUUUCGAUAUUAAUGACAUGAGGGAUAAUUGUGAACAUUUUAAGUCUGAAAAUGUUCAAACGAAUUCAGUUGGAAUAAAUACAACUAAUGAUCUAGUUACUAAUUCAAAUAGUGAUAUUCAUAUAUGUGACAAAUGUAGUGCUACUAUUCAUUCUGUUGCUAGAGGACUAGCAGCAAACACUAACCCUCUAAGCAGUUCAAAUAGUAAUGAAUCUAAAAUUCCAAGAUCUAAUAUAAGAACUUCUCCAAUUGGAAGAUCAAAUAGUAUGAAACUUCCUAAACUAAAAAUACCAGCUUUUCAAAAUCAGAAAAAUAUUGAAAAUACAGAUUCAUACGUAAGCUUUCAUUCUGAAAAUCAGAAUAUUAUUUUAAAAAAUGAAUGUGAAACUUCUGAAAACAUGAAAGAAAUAGACCCAAAAUCUAAAACUUGUGAAAUCUUGCCUACAUUGAUGAAUCUACCAGCAGCUCCACGAAAAAAAUUUGAAAUAAGUAAAGAAAUAAAGGCUGCUUGUAAAGUGUUGAGUGAUUGCCUUCAAAAGUCUGAUAAAAAAAGUGAGAAGAAAGCAUUAUCCAGUUUGUCCAUUAUUCAAACUGAAUGGUUUAGAAUUGCAAACCAAAAGAAUGCUGAUCCACUUCUCAUUGAGGAUUACUUAGAUAUGUUUGAAGACUUUUCCAGACUUCUUCUGGAACGAGUUGUCAAUCUCUCUGAUAGCAAUGGAAAUACUGCUCUACAUUAUGCUGUUUCAUAUGGAAAUUUUGAUGUUGUAAGCAUCUUAAUAGAUUCUAAAGUUUGUGAUGUUAAUAAGAAAAAUAAGGCUGGUUAUACAAGUAUCAUGCUUGUUGCUUUAGCAGAUAUGAAAAAUGAUACUCAUCAAUAUGUUGUUCAGAGGCUGUUUAGCAUUGGGGAUAUUAAUAUAAAAGCUACUCAAAAUGGUCAAACAGCUUUAAUGCUAGCUGUUAGCCAUGGAAAAAAGGAUAUUGCAAAAAUAUUAAUAGAUGCAGGAGCAGAGGUCAAUUUGCAAGAUAAAGAUGGUUCAACAGCUUUGAUGUGUGCAGCAGAGCAUGGCCAUUUGGAAAUCGUCAAGUUUUUGCUUUCAACUCCUGAUUGUGAUCCUUUUAUUGUAGAUAAUGAUGAUUGCAAUGCAUUGACUGUUGCAAUGGAAGCUGCUCAUAAAGAUAUUGGUUUGCUGAUAUAUACAAGUAUGAAUUUUUCUAGAGGAAGUUCACCAUAUUCAACUUUGAAGUCCAGAAAACGUUCAACACCACGAUCUACUCCCCCUCCAAGAACUCCUACUCUUCGAACUCCUCCACUGCCGAGCCCAUCUGCAAGAUCUACAAAUUCUAUUCCUUCAUCGUUCCAUUUUUCCUCAUAAUUCUUACAAAUAGGGUGUUCUCUAUUUACUGUCCUUAAUACAUGUUUAAAAUCACUGUCCUUAACCACUUCAAAUAAAUAUUAGAGUUAAUGAUUACAGAACACCGUAAAUGUAGCAAAAGGUCAACAGUUGAAGCUCGAAUGGAACUAAGCAUCCGUCAAUAAAAUCUCCAGAAAAUUGUAUUUAAAUACUUUUAAGGAAAACCUAUUUUUGUAAAUGCAUAAAAUAAGUUAUUUUGCAAUAUCCAUUGAAAUAAAAAUAUUAUGUAUGUUUGAAAAACAUUUUAUUAUUGUUGUGUACUUUAAUUAUAAAAUAUGUUCUAAAUUCAACCCAGUUUGUGCGUCAGAUCAAGAAAAAAAUUUAUUUCUCUAAAAUUCACCCAAUGUCAAAAAAAGUAACAUAAAACAAAGUUUCUUCCAUUCAAUUAAUUAAACAAUUUUUGACAAUAUUUUUCUUAAUUUAUUUAAAAGAAAUAUAGUUUCCAAACAAAUUAAUACUCUUAUCUUUUUCUUGUCUUAUUUCAAAAUCAUGGAUUCUCAAUAUCAUAUGAAAAUAUGAUUUCCCUGCGCAUUUCUGAAGAUCGUCAUAAAAAAAAAAAUCCUAACCCUCUAUAAUCUCUAAUACUUUAUCUAAGCAUUGUUACCAUUAUUAUUUGCGUCUGUUCAUGAUAGUCUUGUGUCUAUGGCAUAAAAUCAAAAAGAAAAAGAGAUACUUUCAGAUUAAUUGUUUAAGUGUCUCUUUUACUGGUCUUGUAUGAAAUAAAAAGCAUUUAUAUGUUAUAACUGGAAUGGCAGAUAAAAAUUUUCUCAAGAAAGAAACCAAAAUGAUACGUUGGAUUCUUAAUAGCUAAGAAAUAUAUUUAUUCUAAUCACCAUUCAAUUAAUGGUGUAGAGAAGCAUACUUUUCCUUAGAUGCCUAGAGUUCCGGUUUUAUCGGAAUAUUUUUAUUUAAUACUUAAAAUAGUAGUGAAAGGCAAAAUUCAGUUGAUAUUAUUUUUAUAAUUUAGUUAACACUUCAAAAACAUAAUCACAUGUUUAUAUAUCAGGGUAGUAUGUCAACAUUUAAAACGAGAUAAAAUUUUAUAUACCUUAAUGAUUUUAAAAGCUUUUGAUCAUUAUUAAAAUAAAUGUAAAAUUUUUUUACAUAGAAUUAUCAUUGACUAAACGAGUUACAUAAUUGCCCACAAAAAUGUUUUAAUUUCCAAAAAUGUGGAAACAUGCAAAAAGGGUUAUAAUUAAAAGAAACCAAACUUUCAGUAACUCUCCUGCUAAAACUAUUGAGACCAUAUUUUCCAGAUUGCAGUUAAUCUGUAAUUUCGAGAGGCCAAAUCCAUAAAAAAAAGGCAUGUUUAUUAAAAGAAAAUAUGUUUUUGUGCCUGAUUUAUUAAUUUGAAAUAACAUCUGCACAAAUUAAUUAGAAAAGUAAAAGUCUCGAACCAGUAGUAAAAAUCUGAUCACUAUAUCAAGUUUUUAGGACCAGGUACACUUCUAUUUAAAACCUAAUAUUUCAUUAAUAUAAUAACUCACGCCCUAAUUUCUUUUUCCUUUCAUCAGAUAAAUGAAGAAACAAAUUUUGAACAUUGGAUAAUUAUUUACUUUAUAUAUUACUUGAUUAUAUUUUAAUGAUUUCUAAGACAAAACUCGAUAACAUUCUGUGAUUCGUUACUUAGUUUAUAGGACUCUCACUUCUUUCUACAUCUGGCAGUUCAUAAAAACAAAAAUAAUGGUCACCUUUAAAGAUUUUGUGAAAAGAAAAAUUAUUAAUAAGUCCAAGAGUUGCAACAAACUAUUUUUUAUUUUUAAAAGGCACUUGAGUUUAAAAAAGUACAUAAGAUCAAAUGAAUUUCAGGAUAAGAUUAUUAUAACAUGCAUAUAACACUUUAGUGCAUACUGAUUCUCUAAAACUUUUUAGAUCAGACAUUAUUUGUGAUGUAAUUAGCUUGUAAUCAAAACUGAUUUAUGUGCGAUAAAAAAUUGUUCAAGAAAAACUUAAAAACAAAACAAACAAAAAAAAAUGCUAUUCUACAUCAUUAACAUUGAGAGUAAGAAAACAUGAAAUCAUUUUUUUUAUUUAUAAAUUUUAGUAACAGACCAUGUCAAAUAUUAAAAGCUACUACUCUCAUUUGAUAGUUAUUACAUAUAAAAAGUUUUUAAAAAAAUAGAAAACAAUAAAUUAAAACUGUUUGAAAAACAAUUUGUCUAUUAUUUCACAAAAGAUUUUGACUUCAUGAGAAUCUAACAAAUGAAAAACUGAAAAGAAUAGGAUGUAAAUAAUUUUAUUACAGAACAAUUAUUAAUUCCUGAUCCUGUAACUUAAAAGCACCUUAGAAAAUAACUGUCUGACAAUUAAAAAAAAAAAAUCAGACAGCAUAUAUAGUAACAGCAAACUUGCAAAACUGCGAGUAGUCAACAACAAUAUUUCC